UAACAUAUAGUACAUGGGUCCUGCUCACUUUGUCCUUGGUUUGGUAGUUAUCAGUACUGGUGAUUAUCAGUAAGGGUCAUUUUUCAGUCUGCGGUUCACUAAAUGCGUAAGCUAAAUUGUAUGAAUAAGGGGAAGUGUCAUAUCUGUAUUGUGAUGUAACAUCCAGGAGGAAGAAAUAUUUCUCGGCCUCAGCAAAAUGUCAGAAAUAUGCAGUCAGGCCUCCCCCCACGGACCUGACAUGUGAUCGCACUCCUGCUCACCGUCCACCUCCUUCCACACUGCUUGUCUCAUAUAAGAUAAGGGCUCCACCAUGACUCAUGGCGAUGAAUGCUGCACAACAGCAGAAGAUGGAGCCGAGAGCGCCCAGCAGCAGCCUCUCAUUCUGGAAAGGGUGGAAAAACAAACAGCCAAAAGCUGGCAAACCGUUGUGUCACAUCGUCUAAAGAAACACUGCUCGUGCACCCCAAAGAAAGCUAAAUCCAAAAUACUGGGCUUCGUCCCGAUCCUGAAGUGGCUGCCGCGCUACCAGCUCAGGGAAUGGUUGCUGGGCGAUGUCAUGUCAGGGCUGAUUGUCGGGGUCCUAUUGGUCCCGCAGUCCAUAGCAUACUCCUUAUUGGCCAGUCAGGACCCCAUAUAUGGUCUCUAUACUUCUUUCUUCGCCUCCAUCAUCUAUACCCUCUUAGGCACUUCUAGACACAUCUCAGUGGGGAUCUUUGGGGUGCUGUGCCUGCUUGUGGGUCAGGUGGUGGAUAGAGAGUUAGCUUUGGCAGGAUACCUCACAGAAAGCGACAGCAUCAGUAGUAACGAUACUGCCAUCCUGCUGGCUGGCCAGGGGAAUGGCAGUUUGGGGGUGGUCUGUGACAGAAGCUGCUAUGCAAUCACAGUUGGAGCUACAGUUACAUUCACUGCUGGAGUUUACCAGGUGCUAAUGGGUGUUCUGCAGGUAGGCUUCGUCUCAGUCUACCUCUCCGACUCCCUACUUAGUGGCUUCGCUACAGGAGCCUCCCUCACCAUCCUCACAUCCCAGUUCAAAUACGUUCUGGGCCUGAAGAUCCCCAGGCCCCAGGGCUGGUUCACUCUGUUUAAGACCUGGUACAGUCUGCUCACCAACCUGGAAAACACCAACAUGUGUGACCUGGUGACCAGUUUGGUGUGUUUGUUGAUACUGUUGCCUACCAAGGAGCUCAACGAUCGCUUCAAAGCCAAGCUAAAGGCUCCAAUUCCCUUCGAACUCUUUGUGGUUGUAAUUGCGACGCUGGCUUCUCACUUCGGCCACUUCAACACCGACUAUGGGUCUGGCGUGGCUGGUAACAUCCCCACAGGCUUCCUCCCUCCACAGCUGCCGUUGUGGACUCUGAUCCCCAAUGUGGCUGUUGAUGCCUUCUCCAUUGCCAUCGUGGGAUUCGCCAUCACCGUCUCACUGUCAGAGAUGUUUGCCAAGAAGCACGGCUACACAGUGGACGCCAACCAGGAGAUGUACGCCAUCGGCUUCUGCAACAUCCUGCCAUCGUUCUUCCGCUGCUUCACCACCAGUGCUGCGCUAACUAAGACCCUCGUCAAGGAGUCGACAGGGUGCCAGACUCAGAUAUCCGGGCUGGUCAGCGCCCUCGUCCUUCUGCUGGUGCUGCUGGUUAUUGCACCACUCUUCUACUCCCUUCAAAAAUGCGUAUUAGCCGUCAUCAUCCUGGUUAACCUUCGCGGAGCCUUACGAAAGUUCGUCGACAUUCCCAGCAUGUGGCGCGUCAACCGUAUCGAUACCGCCAUCUGGCUGAUCACCAUGGCAACCUCGGCGCUGGUCAACACGGAGCUAGGUCUGCUCGUGGGGGUGUUGGUGUCAGCCCUCUGCGUCCUGGGCCGAACUCAGCAAGCCCAGGUCCUGGAGCUUGGCCGGGCUACAACCAGGGAGCAUUAUGAGGACCUGUCGUCUUACCGCGGCCUUCGGACACAACCCGGGGUGGCUGUUUUUAGAUACGAUGCUCCAAUCUAUUACGCCAACCAGAGCUUGUUCAAAAGAUCUCUCUACAAGUGUGUAGGGCUUGAUCCAGUGAAGGAGAAAACCCGGGUAAUGAAGUUCAAGAAGAACAAACAGCAGGAAGAAGUAGCAGGAGUCCCAAACAUGAACUCAGCGGAGGGUGCAGGUAAACAGGAAGAGGUUGAAGCUGGUGCGACUGUAACCUUGAUGCUCAACAACAAAUCCUCACGUGGCUUACGCAGCUUGGUGAUCGACUGCAGCGCCAUCUCGUUUCUAGAUACAGCUGGAGUGAACGCUCUGAAAGAGGUCCGCAAAGAUUAUGCAGAACUUGGGAUCAAGGUGGUCCUGGCCCAGUGUAACACCUCAGUGCUGGACGCACUGGAAAAAGGGGGAUACUACCCCGAGAAAAAAGGAUGUGACCAAAUCAUAUUCUUCACCAUCGCAGACGCCGUCAGCUACGUCCAGAGCCUCUCCGCUCCUCACGGAGAUCAUGAUAGCAAAUGCUAAAAAGAUCUAUCUACCAAAUGUAUCUGUUUACACGUAUGCAGCUGUGCAAAUCGCACAACACAAAAGAAAAGUAAUUGUUGCCUCUGUGCCUUGUACUGCUUACAGUGAUUGCUGAAGUGCCCACAUCGAUCCGACAGAACUGCUGCAGACAAUCCUUUAUUUAAUAGUUUCAGCAUAUUAAAUGCUCAACAGUUUGAAGUCUUCCUCAGAGAAAUGGAGCCAAAGAUAUUUCUACACCCAGAUGAGCAGUCACCCAGCAAUACUACAUACACAGGAUUAUUUAGAGUCACAGCCUAACUCCAUUUAAAACCGUACCUAAUGUAGAGGUACAAUAGCAGUUUAUUUUCUAAAUCUACUGUAUAACAGUGUAUCAAGGCUUUAAUUGCACUAUUAAUGUCCCUACAAUUGAGUCACAAGCAGACUGAGUUAUUUAACAGCGAGGACCAUAGUUAGCUAAAUAUAUUAUAUUGUCCACACGUUGCACUCCUGGUGGAAAAGAGAACUUAGUGGAUUCCUUGGUGCAGAUCUUGUGUUGUUGGUUGGGAUAUGUGCAAAAGAGUGAGAAGAAAUGUUUUAAGGGAACUCUGUAUCAGAGUUUCAGUUUAGUUUGACACAAGAAAUCAUUUGAAGGUCUUCAUUCUUAAAUACAAUGUAUGUAGCUUUUGUGAUGACAACUCACAGAUCAGAGAAUGUACUGUAACUAACUGUAAUACCAGAGAAUGAGGUGAAGUUUCUUUGUCCUGUGGGAGACUUGCUCAUGUUUACAAAGCCAUAUAGCAGUAAAUGAACAUGUGCAGACAGGCAGAACUUCUGUUUACUUUCCAUUGUGCAGCCUUCAUGUUUCCAAAGUGCAGAGCCUGCAUCGUACACAUGUAUACACUGUGAAUGUGUUCCUAUCGGGCCCUUUGAGAUACGACUGCCAGUUACCUUGAACUGUUGCAACUGGACACCAAACCGCACUAAUCUCUCAUGACUCUCAAUCUUCUUGUUACCAUAACUUUUUCUUUUCCUUUAACAGUUCCGUCAGUUAUUUCAGAAGAUCAUUGGUCGUGUUUUUGAAGUGGAGGAACUCAUUUUGGAACAAAUCUCAGCUCUGGAUUUAUUAUAACCUGGCAGGCCUAUACUGAAUGUGUCACUUUGAUAAAGUACUUUAUGUUUAUCUACAAUACAUGUCUGCUGAGGGUGACAAUAAUACCCACUGUUGCAACAGAUUGGUAAAUACACGAUUGUCAGCUCGUUGAUGAAUGGGAGCAAAGUUUGAGUUCAAGAACAACUAGUGCAGUGAAUGCCACGUGAGAUUAAUACACACUGCCUCAAGUGUGUCUGUUGAAUAAUGGAAGAGAUCGGCUCAUCAAACCACAAGCCAGUUUAUUUAUGAAAUAAAUGAUAAGUCAUUAUCGUUUAAAGGAUGGAGGUCCAAUCAUUUCUAUUUGUGUAACACAGGAAUGCUCAGGCUACAUGAAGGGUGCACACAAUGCUUUGUGUUCAGUAACUGAAUAUAAACUAGACUUUUGUUUGUCUUUAUCGGGCUCCUUUAAUCCCCAAACAUUACAGGAGAAAAGAUGUCCGUGUCUGAAAGGGCCUCGGUCUUUGCUGCAGGGUGUAUGAGGUUCGGAGGAGCAGAGUUAUAAGCACAGGCUGAAUACUGUUACAGGUGGUCCGAGUGGAGGCAGUCCAGGUCUAUAACAGUCCUCACUAAAGCCUUUCUGGACACUGAGGUUUCUCUUUAAAUUCUAAGUGCUUAACAUUCAUGUCUUAUGUAAAACACUUGUUGAAAAGUGCUUCAGAAAUCAACCUGCCUUUCCGUUCUGUUCACACACAAACUCAAAGGGAGAACGACCAGCUGGGGAUAAACUCAGAUCUGUGUUCGUAGCUUUAGUUGUUUCUGCCACCAGACUUGGUGCAUUAAACACAUUAUUUUAAGUAUAUACUUAUAUAUACAGUUCAAAUUCACAACCAUUUUCUUUCAUAAAGUUGUGACAUGUAACAUGUAUGACAUUUCAAUAAAACAAUCAUAUUUCUUUC